GAAGGCGCAAAACACAAGUGCGGAUCUAUAGUGGAAUGGUCGAUAGUAAAAGCUUAGACUAGCAGACGUAAACUAAAUAAUAGCAAAUAGAACAUUUGCUGCAGUUCCAUCAACAGCAUCACUUCACCGUCGUCUACUGAGGCAACCUUACAUUAUCGGCAGUGAGUUGAGAGGGGGAGUGAGUUGUCACCAUGAAGGAGCUACUUCACCUAGUUGCUGCUAUUCUCUGCAUCUCUUUCCACCCAUCCACUGCAAGCGAUUGCCCAGUUGAUGCAACACAGCCGGUACAUGUGAAUGUAGUCGAGGAUGUGGGAGGAGAUCCUGGUAGCACCCCCAUUCAACUGGUAAUUGAUUUCAACCAACAAUACAAUGGUGGGGAACAAGUCCCUUUGAUUAGCCGAGCUAAUCAAAACAACCAGGGGAUAUUUGAACAGUUUUUUGAAUGGAGUGGUGACAACAGCAGAUUGAAUAAAGGGUGGAUUGACCGAGAGGAGAUUGCAACGAGACUAAUGGACACAUACAGUCCAGUAAUUUUCAAGUUUGAUCUGCUCUUCUACAACAACGAUCUAGUAACUAUUCGCUGUCUGAACAUUACAGUUAAUGUUAUUGACUUGGAUGACAAUGCACCAACAUUCACUCCGACUGAAAGAACAGUCACGUUUGAGGAUGACAACAGUGAAAUCGGAAACGAAAGGGUCCUGCCACACCCAGGAGAUCACGACGAAGGCGAAAACGGAACCACCAUAUAUGAGCUAAUAGACGUCAGUGGAAGGUUUGGUCUUGAGUUUCGCAACUACACUGGCACAAACAGAGUUCAAUCUCUCCACCUGAGAAAUGAUCUCCCAUUAGACCACGAAGAAAGAGCCUCGUAUCAACUUCAGCUUCGUGUCAGUGAAGACAACGAUGAUCCUGACGAGGCAAUACUGGACAUAACUGUUGUAGUUGCAGAUGUUUGCGACGAACCAUCAAUGUUUAUGACGUCGCGUUACACUCCAACCGUAAGCGAAAAUGCAGGCCUCCAUACUGAAGUCAUCAGAGUAGAAGCAACAGAUCGUGAUGAUCCAGUGGAGUGCCCCUUGCAAUACAGCAUUACUAGAGCCUGUGGGCGAAGGACACCAGAUGCUACAUGUAUCACCACCGCCACCCCCGACCAGCCCUUUGUCCUUGACUCUGAAACAGGUUCGCUCACCCUCAUAGGCGACCUCGACCGAGAGUCGAUAGCCGAAUACGAAGUAAACGUUCAGGCAACUGACAUGCAGAGUAGCGCCACAGCCGUCAUUGUCAUCACUGUAGAUGAUAUCAAUGACAACUGCCCUGAAAUUGCUUCCAACAUUGUCACCCAAAUCCCUGAGCACCAGGAGGUCGAUUCCAGUACAGCUAUUGGCCUCUUUACUGUCGUGGACGCAGAUGUUGGACGCAACGGGCAAGUAAUUGUAAACCUUCUUGAUAACUCCACUGGAGUACCCCUCAACUCACAUACAUUCAGACUGACCACCGACAACAAUAUAGACUACCGGAUAUUCAUCGACCGGCCGCUGGAUUACGAGACACAGAGGGAGUUCAGACUCAUAAUCAACGCUCGCGACAACGGAACCCAGCCUUGCUUCACGGACGAGCCUGUGACAAUCACUAUCACAGAUCACAACGAUCAUCCGCCCGUGUUUGACCCAAUUGAGUCCCCUACUAUACCAGAGGACAGUGUGAUGAACACCAUGGUGGUUGCAGUCACUGCCACUGAUCAAGAUUCAGGCAAUAAUGCCAUAAUAACAUUUGAACUGCCGGAGAGCAGCAAUGACUAUCCACACCAGCACCUUUUCACCAUAGACAGUGGCAACAUUCUUGUCGGAGAAUACGCUCUCGACUAUGAAACAAACAGAAACUACACACUGCUAGUGCGGGCAUGGAAUUCAGAGUCCUCACACCUUCAGGAAACACUGGAAGAAGUGGUGAUAUACGUGGAGAAUGUCAACGAUAGUCCUCCAGAGAUUCAUGUUCCACUGAUCGAGGCGAGAGAGAAUCACACGGUAGGUUCCCCCGUUGGUCAGAUAGUGGCCACUGAUGCCGACAAUCUGGGCGGACUCGCCUUUUCGCUUGGGUCGGACAGCAGCUCCCUCUUCUCUAUUAGUUCUUCCAAUGGAAUGCUAAUCCUCGAAGAUCAACUGGACUACGAAGACGCUACUUCCCACUCGGUAACUGUGGAGGUACACGAUGGCAGUUUCACAGAGUCGGCUGUUGUAACGAUAAAUGUUCUGCCGGUAAACGACGAGGCACCGGUGUUCAUUAACCAGCAAUACAUGGAAAAUGUCCUUGAAGAGGGGCAGCCUGACACACUAGUCACUACAGUGACCGCAACUGACGGGGACAUUCCGUCACAGAGUCUCGGCUAUGUCAUCAGGCAGGGAAUGCACAUGGACCGAUUCAGAAUCAACUCUCUCGGAGAGAUCUACACAACUCAGUCUCUGGACAGGGAUAACACUCCACGCUACACACUGUGGGUCCAGGCAACAGACGGAGAGCUGAACUCCACCUUGGCCGAGGUGACCAUCCAGGUACUCGACAUCAACGAUCACCCGCCUAAAUUCAUCGACGCGCCGUACAACUUUGCAAUCGUGGAGAACACAUCUCCGAAUCCGUCUGUCGGGACAGUGUCUGUCAUAGACCUCGAUUAUGGGGUCAAUCAGGAGGUGAGAUUCGAAAUUUCAUCAGGGGACCCCAAUGAGUGGUUUUCCAUCCUUUCCAUCAACGAGCACACGGGUGAAAUUACAGCAAAUCGUGCUUUUGAUCACGAAACCGACAGCUCUCCGAUACAGUUUACAGUGACAGCAACAGACUUGGGGGAAGAGCCUCUCAGCAAUAUCAUCACUGUCACCGUCACCAUAACUGAUGUCAACGACAACGAACCAGUGUUUCCACAGGAUGUGUACCACUUUACAGUGCGGGAAGAUUUCCCGACUGGUCGGGUGUUUGGCAGAGUGCUGGCAACUGACAUAGACGGAGUCGGAAACAACAAUACUCGAUACAGCUUCUCCGAUCAGACUGAUGCCAGCACGUUUUUCAUAAAGGCAUUAACUGGUGAGCUAAGCCUUGUGUCCUCGCUCGACUAUGAAACUACAAAUCAGACAACAUUUGAUGUGAUUGCAACAGACGACGCGAGGGGGGACUUCCAGACAUCAACAACUGUUGUCAUAACCAUCACAAAUGCGAGAGACCUCAACCUUACCCUGGGGGAUUUCUCCCCUCAUUUGUCAGUGGUCGAGAACACCGAAGCAAACCACACCAUUACGACACUGAGAGUGACAGACACCAUGAACAAUACUGUCAGCCGUCUUAUCUAUACUCUUACAACCGACAAUAAUGAGCCUUCUCCAUACUUUGGAAUCCGCAAAGAGGACGACACAGCCUACAUAUACACACGAACACACACCAUUGAUCGCGAGGCGGAAGACCUUGGCAAUGAUAAAACCUACAGGCUCAUUCUCAACGCAAGCGAUCCUGACACGACCCCAGACUCUUACGGCUACAUAGUCAGCUACAUUACCGUCGAAGUUCUUGACAUAAACGACAACAACCCCAGGUUUCUUACGAUGAACCCCGUGUUUUCAAUUUGGGAGAAUGGAAAUGCCGGGGAGUUUGUGGCUUCAUUUGAGGUGAUGGAUCCAGAUGCUGCGAAAAAUGGGACGAUACAGCUCAGCAUCAACACCAUCGUCCCUUUCAAUGUGACCCACAUCAAGCACAACAACGGGCAACAGUUUGCUGAGAUCAGGGUCGUGACGCCGCUCGACCGAGAAACCGAGGCCACCUACGAGUUCUUUCUCCAGGCAUUGGAUCAUGGAAAUCCCAUAGGGGAAACAAUGAUGGAGAUAAGGGUGCACGUCUUGGACAAAAACGACAACGAGCCAAAGUUUUGCUGCGGAACCGCCGGAGAAUGGAAACUGCAUGUUACCUUUCUCAGUGCCAGAGGACCAAGAAAUCCAGCAGGUGAUUGCCACCGUUGAAGCAAAAGAUUUGGACGAUGGUACAAAUGCCGAGAUCCGCUAUGAGUUUGUGCCCGGACAACUUGAAGAAAGUAAGUUCAGAAUUGAGUCCAGCACGGGCAGGAUAAUCCUGACACAGUCUUUAGACCAAGAUGCAGCAACCAACGAAAUUACAUUCGAUGUGAGGGCAGUGGAUGGGGGAAACAAAGCUUCAACUGCAACAGUCAUCAUAUCAAUUGUGGACAUCAAUGGUCACUGUCCAGUGUUUAUCAACAGCUCAUUUUCCACCGUCAUCGCCGAAGAUCACCCAAGUGGAGUUCCCUUCACGUCACUCUUGGCUGUUGACCAGGAUAGAGCUCCCAAUAACAUUGUCAGGUACGCCCUGGCAGACUACUCGCUCAGCCGGAUAUUUGACGUAAACAAGGACACGGGAGGGAUCUCAAUAGAGGACAGGAUAUCCCCCGACUACGACACAAUUGACUACGAGCGGAAGAAUGAAUACAAAGUCAACAUAAUAGCCUAUGAUAAUGGCUCCCCACCAAGGUACUGUAACGAAACACUUACUGUACAAAUCAGUAACGUGAAUGAGCAUACUCCGGAAUUUGACGUGUCCGAUAUCCAAAUACUCAUGAGUGAGGCUGCACAAGCAGGGGAUGAAGUGCUGAAGAUUCAGGCUUACGACAAGGACUAUGCUGAUAGUUUGGUAUACACUCUUACCCCGUCUAAUUCUCCCUUCAGCUGGAACAACGAACAGAGUGCUAUAGUUCUCAGUAGUGCAGAGAACAUGGGUCCAAACUUCAUUUUACACCUAAGUGCGAGCGAUGGAACAAAGCAUAGCACUAUUAACAUUGCUAUCCUUGUGGUGAAUGAAAACGAUCACAGCCCAGUCUUCUCAACCCAAGACACCGCUGUCAUGAUCUCAGAAAACACAGAGUCGGGCAGCAGCAUCUUUGCUGUUCAUGCUUCGGAUGCCGACAAUGCAACAAGCGAUGCCGUAAUCUACUCCAUAUCAGCAGGAAACACUGAUGACACAUUCUACAUAAAUCCUAAGUCUGGAGUCAUCUACGUUGCUAAAGAUCUUGACUAUGAAACUGAAACAAGAUAUGAGCUCACACUCCUGGCCACAGACACGGGAGAGCCAGCCAUGACGUCAACUCCCCUCUACAUCACUGUCGAUAUCACCAAUGAAAAUGAUGAAGUCCCUGUAUUUGAACAGACAGAAUAUACUUUCACACUGGUAGAGAAUAAUGAUGCUAUGGCUUCAGUUGGCUGUGUGCGAGCAGAUGAUGUCGACAAAGAAGGUUUCGGAAUCACUUCGUACAGCAUUGUAGACGAGGGAGAAAAACCCGGCUUCUUCUCCAUCAACGAAAACAGUGGAUGCAUAUCUGCAAUCAGUAGCAUUGACCGGGAAACUGACCGUGAGUUCCAUCUGACGGUGCAAGCUCAAGAUGAAGCCGAUUCCACAAUCACCGAAACUGUGAGAGUCACUGUGGAAAUAGGUGACCUCAAUGACAACGGACCAUCAGUCUCUCAACAAAACUUCCUCUUCUAUGUCAGUCCAGAUUACACCGUCAACCAAGUUCUCGGUUUUGUAGUAGCCUCUGAUCCGGACAGUGCAGAGAAUGCCCUGUUCACGUACGAGAUCGUUUCUCAAAACCCAAACAUCAUUUCCCUCGCACAAGAUGGAGAAGUCAGUAUAGCGACUGAGAUUCCCACAGAGUACGAGCCGAGCUACAGUAUUGCAGUGAGGGCUACUUCUAGUGUGGAGGGGGAUGAGAGAUCUUCCGAUGCUACAGUAGUAAUCAUUGUUGAGUCAGACUCUGCUCACCAUCCACGGUUCACACAACAGACCUACGAAGAACACGUAACCGAGAGUGCCAAUACAGGUCACAGCAUACUCGACGUUUCAGGAGUAGUAUCGGACCAAGACGGCACUUCUGGGAUGACAUACUCAUUCGCCGAAGAGCACGAACAGUUUGCACUCGAUUCCGAGACAGGUCUUCUGACACUGCAGGCACACCUCAACUAUGAAGAUGUGACGAGGUACGAGCUUCGAAUCAGAGCCAUUGACGCCACCUCGAGAACUGCUACAGCUACCCUGAUCAUCAAUGUCGAAGACGGGAAUGAUCAUGCUCCCGUGUUCAUAUCACCACCCUCAGAACUUAUCCUGUCUCCAAUACCCUACGCAAACAUUCAGUUGUUUUCUGUACUGGCAGAUGAUGACGACAUUGGAGACCAAGGAACUGUAGGCUACAGCAUAGUGGGAGACACAAGUGGUACCUUUGAGAUCGACUCACAGACUGGAGUUGUGACAAACAAAGUUGAAUUGCUCCCCACCAACAUGCAUGUUUUUGUCAUUAGAGCAUUUGAUCACGGGAGCCCUCUGAUGUCCAGUAAUAUCACAGUCCGUAUUCGUGUCGAUGACACCAGCAAUCGCCCACUGUUUUCCAAUGGAGAGAGUACCAUCGAAAUACCAGUGGCCGAGGAUAAGAACAGCAAGACAGAUCCCAUCAUUCAGGGCUUUUCGACUACCCCAGAGGCAGAGUCCUAUCAUCUGGUCUACUCCAACGCCAGUAAAGACAUGUUCUCUAUUGACAUGGACAACAAAUUGGUGCUUAACUCUCAGCUGGACUACGAGACAGCUUCGCAGUACCUGCUCAUCAUCGAGGCACGCAGUAUCAGCAAUGGCAUACGGCUCUCUUCCUUCCUCAUGGUUAACAUCAAGGUGACUGAUGUGAAUGACAACGAGCCACGUUUCAUGGACCUACCUGUCCAGGAAAUCAGUGAACUGGCAUCGCCUCUUACCGAAGUGUUCACAGUGGAAGCCACAGACGAUGAUUCUGGCAGUAAUGCCGUCAUAACCUAUGCCAUCACUGGUGGAAGUUUGCAAGCCUUUAACAUAGAUCAAACCACUGGAGUGGUUACACUGGCCAAGACCCUAGACCGUGAAACAACUCCUCGUUACAACCUUGUCAUAAGAGCAACAGAUGGUGGCGAACCUUCGAAACAAAACGAAACCACGGUCAUCAUCAAUAUCGUGGACGUGAACGACAACCCUCCUGUAUUCGGUCAGGCAAACCACUCAAUCUCAGUGUAUGAAUACCCUCACAGUCACAUCGGGGACUCUAUCAUACUGAUACAAGCCGAAGACACUGAUGUUGGUUCGCUGAGCUACUACAUAGAGCUUUUGAAUGGUUCAUUAGCAGGACUCCCGCGCAUAGUUUCUUCCGACACUUUCAGCAUUGACUUUGACACCGGGAACAUUACGCUGCACCGUAAGCUCGACCGCGAGGAAGUUGACAGCUACUUUGUCAAAGUCGAGGCCAGAGACACAAACGAAAUUCACACAGCAGUGGCUUACCUCACGGUUAAAGUUCUUGAUGUCAACGACCAUUCACCAGAGUUUGUCAACGGACAAAACGACGUGGUGACUGUCUAUGAACUAUGGCCUGAAAACACAAUGGUGCUUGAAAGACAGCAGGUGAACGACAGAGACAUAGGCCAGAACAGUCUCGUAAAGUACUCUCUCGGUGACGGAUGGCCAGAGGGCCACUUCAAGAUUCACCCAUGGACAGGUGUUUUGAGAACCGCAAUAAGCUCUUUUCCAUUUGACGAAAGCAUGGAAGAGUUUGUCGGGAAAAUAAAGGCGGUGGAUCAGGGAGUGCCUCCCAGGACAGCAGAGAUGUCUGUCAGAGUGCGCAUUCAGGAUGUAAACAACCAUCCUCCCGUUCUUGAUGACACUCACUUCCAUUUCGAGAUAUCGAUUAAUCACCCCACAACAGAACAAAUCACAGCGUUCAACUACUCAGACGAAUCUGACACCUCAUUCAAUACUGUUACCAUGCUCAGGAUACCCGACUACUACACAGUAGCCAACAAUAUGUUCAUGAUGGGUCCACAGCAACAAACCGAACAACAAUUUGUCAUGGAACUCAAAAGGCGUCUUUGA